AAAUCUAUUUCAGAAAACAACACUUUGUGCUUCUGUUGAAACACACAUUUGAUUUUAAGAUAUUUUCAUCGAAUUUCACACAACACUUUCAAGUUUCGUGAAUGCAUUUCAGAAUUUAUGACUUAAUCAGUCGAUAAGUGCAGACGGGGACCACGUCUUACACAAGAUCCAAAACAAUCACUUUUCUGGUUUCCAACUCAAGUGGCAUACAACCGUAAAAGAUUGUCGUUAGCUUUUGCUUAAAGUGGCAUUUGAAUGUGAUCGAUUACGGAAGACAUGCCAGUAACAGCUCAAGUAUGAUACAUAUGGCGCGUUCAUCUAGGAAGGUCUCCAAGACGAUGUGCCCUAAGAUCAGGAAUAGGCGAAAAUGGCGACAUAUGAUGAAAUUCAUUAUCAAGGUGAUCAUAUUUGUUGUUGCGAUCAAUACGACUAUACCAUCAGUUGGUACUGCCGAAUGGGAUAAAGACGAAUUAGGCUUUGGCAUGCUAAAUGACAAGGAAGGACUCCGGCAUUUUGAGUUCACCAACUUUACCAAGUAUGAGUCUAAGCCUAUCUAUUCUGUAGAUCCCACCUAUCAUAGCAUGUAUAUGAGCCCAAUACACGAAUUGACACACAUAAUGUUUGGAGACGACGUCGAUAUACCAAGAGGUUAUAUUGAGAACGCGAAUAACUCGAAUGCUCUGCACCUUGGAAACAAGGUCGAGACCAAUGAUUGGAUGGAUUUGCUUGCCAAUAACAAAUUGCUGAUCGUCUGGAUAUUGCUCAUUUUAUUUCUUAUCAUUAUCGUACCGUUCGUCGCAGUCUGCUAUUUCUGCUUUUGCUGCUGCCAUUGCCCCAACGUCUGUCCACCAUGUGCUGAAGGUUCGCAUGCUGCAAAACGCACUUUUUGCAGCAUAUUAAUGCUGCUGCUCAUUCUGGGAAUACUAAUGGGAUUACUCAUAGCUUUCCUUAAUGAAAAGCUAAUACAUCGCGGACUUCAAGAAAGCAUCGAGAACAUGCACCGCCACGCCGAUGACACGUGCGCCUUUUUGAAGGAUGUCUGUGAUCAUGUCAAUCACUUGUUCACUAACAACUUUGAAGAAUUGGAAACGCAUCUAAUAGCUUCACUAAAUGAGGCGGAUACCCAUAUAUUUAUGGAUCUUACCGAGAGUUCUGGUCUAGUUGCAUUAUCAGAAAUAGAACUUAUUUUCUCCUCCAUGCCGCAAGCAUUAAGAUUAUUGAAACGGGCGGAGAGCUACAAGAACUCGCUUAUAUUUCUUAUGGCCCAGUUCCGAGAUGGUGUGCGCGGUAUGAAGCGUGAUAUUACCUAUCUUCAUACGGUUUGGUGUGACUACUAUGAAUGCAAUAAUUUUCUUAGGACAAAUAAAAUUCCGAAGUGGGGUACUAAGCCCUGUCUGCACGUGGAUAAUCUCCCGAACAUUACACACUAUGUGGAGGCCAUUGAAGAUAUUAUAGAACAAGAGGUGGUAUUAGCAGCAAGGAAUGGGAUAGAACGCUAUCAUAAAGUCAACAAAAUGAUCGAGGAUGUCGUAAAUCCGCAGAUUCCGCCAUUAAUCACAAAGAUUGGCAGAGUUGGUAUAACUAUCAAGGAACAGGGCGAGAAAGUAUGCGACAUCAUCAAUUCGAUAAUGAGUGAUAUUUAUUUUCAAAAUGCGCGCAUCACAAAAUCUUUUGGUGAUUUCAAUGAUUCAUACGGACCUGAUCGGAAAAUAAUAAGCGUCAUCUUGUUUUUACUAAUAUUAGCGAUAAUCGUCAUAUUGUUUGUUGCAUUUAUUUUUGGCUGUUGUAUUCGAAGAGAUAACACUGGAUCCAAAUGCUUGUUAUUGGCUAUUAUACUGAUAUUCUUCUUUUUAUCGCUCCUACUGCUCGUUAUGCUGUUUUACUUUUUAUUGGGAAUGAUAAUGUACUAUGGUGUAUGUAUACCCCGUACUGAUGAGGAGAGACGGAGUCUCUUCCGUGUGAUUGAACCUAAGGCAAACGAACAAAAUCCACAGGGGCCAAGCAUAACAAGGACAUGCAAGGAAAAUCAAACCAUUUUUGAUGUGCUGCUUGAGUAUGAAUUAUUUGACCUAAGUAAUAUGAAGGGAGAAAUUGCGCGCAAUAUAUCGACGGUCGAUGCGGCAGCGGCAAUUUCUGCUGAUCUGAGCAACGUAAAAGUCUUAAGGGAUAAUGAUAUAAUUAAGAUUAAUAAGGCGCAUACCGGAAAUCUGUCUAAUUAUCAUAGCAGAUUAGCUACAGAACAUUUGUGCACAGAAUUAACUAGUUCGAAGCUUGUGGAAUUUAAACCGAAAUACUAUCAGUGGAAUAGAAAUUUUUUCUUUCCACUAGAUAAGCAUGAUCAACAUAUGAAAGUCAGACUAUGGUCCACUUAUCCUAGCCUUUGGAAAAUUGGGCUAGACAUAGACAACAUUGCAGCGAUUGAACCAAAUAUACUAAAGGACAUGGAAAAGUUAAAAACCAGAUUGAUCAAAAUUGACAAACUUAUAACAAGAAACAAUAAUGACUUUAACAAUACAAUUAAGCCUCUAUUGGAUUCAGUUGCAAGAGCAGAAGAAUUUAUAAGAAGUCGCGGCAGUGAUUAUGUAAAUAUGUUAUGUAAUAAUUUAACCUCAGCGGUAAACGAGGAAAUUAACCACUAUGUUAAUUAUGUGAUCGAUGAGUGUAAUUUGCAUGUUGGAUCCUGCCGACCCAUUGCCUACAUGUAUCAGCACAGUAUUGACUUGGUUUGCGAGCGUUUGGUCGAUCCCAUUAACGGAUUCUGGUUGGGCUUAUUGAUUUGCGCCUUGCUUUUUCUACCCCUCUUGUUUGUUGCCCAUCGACUGCUAUGCUUGUACAGGGUACAUAGCCACGUGGGGGCGGCUGGAGUUAUGUUCCUUGAUAGAGAUGGAUACAACUGCCCGACCUGUACGGGAAUACCGUAUAAGCCGCCACCUGUUAUCGUUUGUGACGGCGGGCAGAAUGCCUACUGUCCCUGCGCCGAUGCUAAUAACCCAGAUGGAAACGCACUCAAGGAAAAGCAAGCGUGAUGCAGAUUUAUUCAUAGAAUAUUGCAAUCGAUUCAUCAUGUGCGUUGUGCAUGUGUAAUGUAUUCACAAUCACAGCUUAUCGAUGCAUACAGACGGUCAUUCGACAACUGUAUUGAACUAUACUGAAACAGUUUGGAAAAGUGCAGUACAUGACAUUCUACAGAGUCAAUUCUAAUGCAUUCAAAAGAAAUUUAUCGAAAAGUGAACGAAAGCCAAUGAAAUUUAAGACUAGAAAAAUCUUCGAAAAUAUUUAACAAAA